AUGAGUCGAUCUGGACACGAGGAUCUGGACGUGUUCACCGAGGAACACGACCAGCAGGGGGAGCAGCGCAGCAGCUCUGUGUGUCUGGAGGAGGCCUACAGCUGCAUCCUGCACCAGCUGGGAGAAGAUGUGGAGAGAGAAGGACUGUUGAAGACUCCACUGAGAGCAGCCAAAGCCAUGCAGUUCCUCACCAAAGGAUACAAGGAGAGUGUGCACGACGUCUUAAACGACGCCAUAUUUGAUGAAAACCAUGAGGAGAUGGUUCUGGUCAGAGACAUCGAGCUCUUCUCCCUCUGUGAACAUCACCUGGUGCCGUUCUUUGGAAAAGUGCACAUCGCCUACAUCCCCAACAAGAAGGUGGUCGGUCUCAGUAAACUCGCCAGAAUCGUGGAGGUGUUCAGUCGACGGCUCCAAGUGCAGGAGCGUCUCACCAGUCAGAUCGCUGAGGCCGUCGCUGAGGCUCUGGAGCCAGCAGGGGUCGCUGUGCUCGUCCAGGCGGCACACAUGUGCAUGGUGAUGAGAGGAGUGCAGAAGAUCAACGCCAGCACCGUCACCAGCGCCAUGUUGGGCAGGUUCAACCACGAGCCCCGACUCCGGAGGGAAGCUCUGGCCCUCGCCAACAACUAA